UGCUCGGCUCGUCGCCCCUUAUGCCCGUGGGCGGGCACCCGGAGCUCAUUCACUCCUGGGUGGUGCGGACCUGAACCUGGUGUUGGAGGCCAUGAACGCCCGCGGGACGCUGCUCGCGCUGGCAACCUUGUUCCUACCUUCUGUCCAGGCCCAGCAGGCCACAGAACGUCGCUGGAAGCCAUGGCUGGUGGGCCUGACGGCGGUCGUGGUCUUCCUGUUCAUUGUCUUCGUGCUCCUGCUGGCCAACCGCGUCUGGUGCUCCAAAGCCAGCAGAGCUGAAGAUGAGGAGACCGCUAUGAGAAUGCAGCCCAACCCUUAUGAGGACGUAGGCCCGAGGAAAGGCAGCAAGAAGGAGAAGAAAGAAAAGAAAAAGGAGAAGAGAGGAGAGAGCAAUUUGGGCUUGGAGCUGGAAGAAAAAGACCCCGAAGAUAAUGAGGAGAUUAAGACCAGCAUGUGAAAGCGUCCUGCCGCCACCCCCGGCAGCCCCGGUAGCAACACACAGUGGGCGACACUCCAAGUUUGAAGACAGUGCAACGAUGCAGACGGGGCUUCCCGGACCUUCCCCUGCCUGGUGGUUCUUUUACUCAGCGAGCAUCCCGGCUUGGAGAAGCCUCCGGUCCCUGCAACUCAUGGCUCUGCCUGUUCGUACCCGUUGCUGAUUUAUUUUUCCUCUGCCUGAUGUCUUUUGGCCAGAACGUGCUUGUCCCAUGCAGCAUUAGGGCCAUAUUGGUCAAAAGCUCACCGCAAAGGACCCCAAUAAAGAAUCAAUAAGGCUUCUUUAUAUU